AUGCUGAGAGGAGGUCCGAAGCCGUUCUGGAGCUUAGAUUCAUGGUUUACACAUGAAGGGUUUCUUAGAGUGGUUAAGGAGGAAUGGAGAGGUUUAGGGGAGAUACAGUUCACAGAUAAGUUGAAGGCUUUGACGGUUCUUUUAGGGAAAUGGCAUAAGGCUAACUUUAGUGAGAUGAACAAGAAGAUUUUGAAGUUUAAGGAAGAGAUUAAGAGGAUUGAUGAUAUGGUAGGUAGUGGAGUGUAUGAUAAAACGAUAGAGGCAAGAAGAAAGGCGUUACUCAUUUGCUGUAAGAGAUGGUAUGUGAGGAAAGAAGUUCACUGGAAACAGAUGUCGCGGUCUCGACAAGCGAGGGAUAUGGACAAAAACAUCAGAUACUUUCACAAUAUAGCUUCAGCAAGAAGAAGGAAUAACAGGAUUGAUACACUAGUAGUUAAUGGCAAACUGGUAAGGAAUCAAGCUAGAAUUAAAAUAGCUAUUAUAGAGUUUUAUAAAGAGCUGUAUCAUCAGGAAGAUUCUCCUUUGGUGGGGUUUAGAGAUGGUCUGGUGGGGAGGUUAGAUAAGGAUGAAUCUAUGAAUUUGGAGGCGUUGCCCUCGACUGAGGAGAUCAGAGAGGUAGUACGGGAUUGUGAGUCAUCUAAGGCGUCAAGUUGUGAUGGGUACAACAUGAAUUUCCUUAAGAGAUUCUGGGAUGAGAUUGGGUCUGAGAUCACGACAGCGGUGAUGGAGAUCUUUCAGACGUCCAGGUUACCAACAAACUCCAAUAUCACUUGGGUGGCUUUGGCACCUAAGUUCAUUGGUGCGAAGGAGAUUAAAGACAUGAGGCCAAUUAGUAUGUGGCUUAAACUGAGAAAAAAGGAGGUAGCAAUAGUAAAGCUAGAUUUCCAAAAAGCAUAUGAUAGAGUCAAGUGGAGUUUUGUUGACAUUGUGUUGCAAAAGAUGGGGUUUGGACGUAGGUGGAUGGCGUGGAUUAUAGAGUGUGUGACCACAAUAUCUAUAUCGAUGUCGAAGACUGUUGCUGAGAAGUUGAAUUUAUUGCAGAGAAGAUUCCUAUGGAGCAAGGAGGAUGGUAGGAAUGAUAUAGCAUUAGUGAAAUGGGAAGUGGUGCAGGCUCCUUAG